AUGUUGUUCGACGGCGUCGUCGAACCAGCCACUGCAUUCUUGGACGUGGUAGCCGGUCUCGAUCCGGACUUGGACCGGGUUGUGUGCUUCGGCCCGGAACCGAUUCGUCAGUACCUCAUUCCACAGCUGGUUCGUGAAGACCUCCAAAUCCCGUUCAUUCUGCUCAAUUACUAUGAUUUGAGUAAAAUUAGCGCUGUACAGUCCACUUCUGAUGACUUUGACGAGGAAGCACGUCAGAUGACGUCAUCUCUUGAAGAGUUGUCUGAAGGUUCGUUACCAUUGUCGAUCGUUCAUUGA